GCCUCCCAAUGGGCGCGAUUCCCUAAAUUCGCCCCGCUGCCUUGCGGGUAGGUUAUUUAGCCAAAGGCUCGGGGUGGAGUCCCCUAAGUCAACUCCCUACUUCGGCUUGGGCAACCGGGUAGUAUCACGCCCUCUCGCAAAACCAUGGACUGUAUUACAACUUGCUCAUCAGCUGCUGUUUCUGCUAGUCACUUUCACGCGACUUCAUCACACGCCAAUUGUUUGUUUGUUAACAAUCCUCACUUUCCGUUACCCGAUUCAUGUGCUCAACAAUCUGGCUGCGAUUCCGGUUGCGCCGCAGACCAAGAAGUUCAACCUAUGGCUCUUCUUCGUCCCCGAUCCUCGUUCCGUCUGGCGUGCUUCAACGUUCGGACACUCAUGCAGAUUGGACAGCAAGCCGGUCUAGCGCGAACCCUAGAUUCCCUAGACAUUGACGUCUGCUGCCUUUCAGAAACCCGAUUGCAAGAUCCCAGCACUGUGCUUACACUAACAUCCCCCACUGAUCACGAAGCCAGAUAUCACCUGCGGCUUUCUGGAGAUCCAGAAGCAGCCUCAGCGGGUCUGGCUGGUGUAGGUAUAGCACUAAGUGACAAGGCCGAGGCGGCACUACUGGACUGGUUCCCGAUUAACAGCCGACUAUGUGCAGUUCGGCUUCGGGGUUCGUGUAGAAUCAACAGGCACCGCGAAGAGAGACACAACUUGUUUGUGAUCUCCGUGUACGCUCCAACUGACUGCAGUGGCGACUCGGUCAAGGACGAAUUCUACCGGGAUCUACAACAGCUCUUGACUAAUGCUAAAAAGUCGGAUGUCGUUAUCCUUGCUGGGGAUUUUAAUGCACGGGUUGGCCGCCUGUCACCAUACGAAUGCCACCUUGGUGGUCAUAACUCGCUCGACGAGAACCGCUCUGAUAAUGGAGAGAGACUUCUCACAUUGUGCGAAGACAACCGUCUGUUUCUCUCGAGCACUAACUUCAGGCGUACGAAGAAGCGUUCCGCAACGUGGCGUCCCCCUUCUUCAACACAACCGUGGUCUCAAAUUGAUCACAUUGCAAUUAGCUUCAGAUGGCGCGGCAGCGUACUGGACUGCAGGUCCUUUUGGUCCACCUUCGUUGACUCAGAUCAUGCUCUGGUCUGCGCGAAAAUCUGUAUGUGUUUUGGAGGAUUCCGAAACACGAAGCACCGCAAGAUUGAUGUAAACAGAUUAACUGAUUCCUCUGUCCAGACGAGCUAUCAGUCUUCAUUGGCAUAUGCACUCAGUUGCAAUCCACCGCAAGAAGUGGAACAACACUGGACUUGUAUACGGAAGGCAAUGACCAUUUCCGGACAGUCAUGCUGCGGCCUAACGCGACGCCCCUUGAAGGCUUGGAUCUCUACUCGUUCUCUGGAGCUGUUCGAACGCCGCAAAGAUAUACCCGCGGAAUCAGAUUGCAACGAGCGGCGCCGUUCUGCCAACCGGCUGCUCAAGCAAAGCCUACGCAAGGAUCGCGAGACAUGGUGGUCUGAACGUGCUUUAGAGAUGGAGACCGCUGCCCUCUCUGGCAACACUCGCAGGCUUUUCCAACUCAUUCGGUCUACUGGCCUCAGGAAACCUGGUGUCAGUGAGGUCAUUUGUGAGGUGGAUGAGUCUCCGAUCACCAACCAACAGAGGCGUAUGGACCGUUGGGCCGAGCACUUUCACUCGCAGUUCAACUGGCCUCCACCGUCCAUCAGUACAUGCAGUACACGUUGUUGUCCACCCUGGCUCGUCCCUCUGAAUCCACCCAGCGAGGCGGAAGUCGGCCUUGAGAUUCGACGCUUGAAGCGCUUCAAGGCUGCCGGCUUAGACGGACUUCCUCCGGAACUAUUCAAGUACGGCGGUGUGGCGAUCAUUAACCAGCUGACCGCGCUGUUCGCAAAAAUUUGGUAUGAAGAGAAAGUGCCUUCCUCUUGGGGAGAAUCAGUUAUUGUCCCGAUUUUCAAGAAAGGCGCUCGCACUUCAUGUGCAAAUCAUCGCGGGAUUAGUCUUAUUUCGGUUGCCUCUAAGCUAUUGGCAUCCAUUCUGCUUCGCAGGCUAUCCCCAGUACGUGAAUCAUACUACCGUGAAGAACAAGCUGGUUUCCGUCCUGGCCGCGGAUGCGUGGAUCAAAUCUUCACGCUCCGCCAGCUCCUUGAACAUCGCCACAUUUAUCACAGGCCCACUAUCAUUGCAUUUCUAGACAUACGUGCCGCUUUUGACUCCGUUGAUCGACCUGCUUUAUGGCGUUGCUUACUAAAGAACGGGGUGCCAGAGAAAUAUACCGCCAUCCUACGAGCACUUUACCUUCAUACAUCCGGCAGAGUGAGGGUCUAUGGCAAGCUUUCCUCGCAAUUCGCUGUCAAUAGCGGUGUGCGACAGGGCUGCCCGAUGUCCCCAUUCCUCUUCAACUUCGCAAUCGAAGACGUUCUGUCGAAUGCUCUAGAAGGUUUCCAACAUUUUGGCUUAGAGCUUCUACCGG